UAUAGUUUAUGGUGGAAAAAAUCGAUAAAGCUAUUCAAGUAAUCAGUAAAAGCGCUCAAUAUUUAUUCAAUUCAUGAAAUGAUUAAUGUUUUGACAUCGAGAGGAACAAAGACAAGAUAGAGCAAAAUUAGUAAUGAAGACUAUGUGACAGAAACAUAAUUGUGAUAAUUUUUUAUACUGAGUAAUUAAAUACAAUUUUUGGUGAUUAAUUUGUAACAUAAAAUUGACAUGAAAUCGUUUUGUGAGAGAUGAGUGUCUUCGGGGAUUUUCAACGUGUUUGGGUGCAACGAUUUCCAGAGAGUGCUUUACCAGCGGCUUGGGAGGAAGAUGUCAGGGCCAAUUUGGCUAAACACAAACAGAAAGUGGCUAUACUCAGGGAGGAGUUAGAGAAGGAAGAGUUCUACGUGGAGUAUCUGGAGACCCUGUUGUCUGAUGUGGAGAAACAUAAGACAGCGUCGCUGGGGAAAGGGGUGCCGCCCUCGGGAGCUGACGUGAGCGAGGCUGAUGAUAACGCGGCUGAUAUCAAGCAGGUUUUCAACACAGACUCAUUAUCCAAGAAGAGCAUAACAAGUCUAACAAGUAGUAAAAGUGAUGAGUCUGCCCCCGAGACGGCUGAAACCGAACCAGUACAGUUGAGGAGUAAGCCAAAUAAGCCCCUGCAUGCGGAGAGGAGCUCUGUCAACCAGUGCAUCAAUGAGCUCUCUUCUAACUUGGUGGCCGAGGCGGCUCGGAGAAGAUGCAACAGUGAAGUAGUGCAGCGAACUGAAAAUAAUCAGGAUACAAAUGCUUUAGAAGAAACGAGUCCGAGUCCAGCUAAAAACCGUCCAGCGUCACAAGCGGGUGAUUUUGUAACAGUCAUCGAAGUCAAUGGUCUGAAGGCAGCCGAGAAUGCGUCCAAGAAAGUCCAGGAAUCGCCGCCGUCUUCUGAAAUCAGCCCCGUGGACCCCACGGCGGCUGCUAAGAAAAAAGUACCACCCAAACCCCCACCGAAAACGUUUGGCAAACGUGGCGCCUCGCUGCCUGAGUCGGACCUCCCCGGAGACAGUCCACCCUCGUCGCUGGGGCGGAGACUCCGCGGCGCGGAGUCACGGGAAUCCAUCGGCAGCAGAGCAUCCACGCCCUCCAUUAGUGAACGAGUGAAAAGCUACGAAUCCAUAAAUUCCCUAUCAUCCGAACGCAAACGGUCCGGCGGGGCGGCGACGCCUCUCUCCAUCGACGAGGAAGCGUCCACGCCCGACACGCCCGGGGAGACGGGCGCGGAGCCCGCCUCGCUUGAGAGCAUCCCCGCCGGGCCCGAGGACGAGCCCUACUACGACCAAGUGCCGCAGGACAUUAACGAUGGCGAAUACGUUUAUAUACAAGCAGGCGGUACGGGAUCCAGUGCGGACGACGCAUCGAGCGUCGCCAGCACGCUGGCGCUGUCCGCGCCGGCGUCGCAGGCGCCCACCGCGCCGCGCGCGCCCGACUCGCCGCCCGUCGCCACCGCGCCCAACUACGUCAACAUACACUACUUCAUACAACAAGCGGGUGAAGGCGCGGAGGCGAACGAAGCCAACACCGAGCUAGUCGAUUCCAGUGACACGCCGCUACUGCUGAGGACGAUAUCGUCCGACACAGAGGCGAGCGCCACGCCGCCUGCCUUAAGGAAGCUACAGCACCAGGAAUCAAACAAUAGCAGUAAUGCGGAAGCCGAGCGCCUCACCAUGCAUCGGUGCAUUGUCACGAGCAUCAUCGAGAGCGAGACCGUCUACGUCGAAUGCCUAUACGUCAUGGAAAAGUACAUGAACGCCAUAAAAGCGACGCUGUCGACGUCCCAGCCUGUGAUAACGGAGGAAGAGUUCAACACGAUAUUUUACAAAAUAUCCGAGCUGCAUGAACUACACAAGAAUUUCCUCGAGGGACUGAAGGCCGCCGUCGCUAGUUGGGAAGAGCCUCUAUCUGUGGGAAGCCACUUUAAAAAAAUGGCGGAGAACAUAAACGUAUACGGCGCGUUUCUGCACAACUACGGCCGAGCUACGGACGCCGUGCGACGCCGCUGCGCGAGCUCGCAACGCUUCGCCGACCUCACGCGCCAGAUCGCCUGCCGCGGCCAGCCCAUGUCGCUCGACGAUCUGCUGCACAAACCCGUCGCUAGAGUCCAGAAGAACGCUCUUGUCUUGCAUGAUCUCAUAAAAUACACCCCUGCAAGCCAUCCUGACCACGCUAUGCUCACCGACGCACUCAACAUGACACAGCAUUUCCUCGACGAAUUUAAUAUUAUACAAACUAAAUCUAUGUUCCCUAAUGCAGACCGCGCCCAAAGAAGACUCGUCAAGAAUUCAUUUAUUGUAGAACUUUCGGAUGGACAUAGAAAAUUGAGGCAUUUAUUCCUUUUCAACGAUGUCAUAGCUUGUGCCAAAUACAAGGCUUCAGGUCGCGAUAAGUUCACGUUCGAGUUGAAGUGGUUCAUCCAGCUGCCGGACAUCGUGGUGGUGGAGGAGGAGAUCGGAGCGGCGGACGCGCGGGAAACGUCGCCCGCCAACAUCGUGGCGCUCAAGUCGCAGGCGUCCACCGUGCGCGACCAGAUACUGGCUGAAGAACGAGCCGCGCAGGAUGACAAGAAAAUCCGACUAGGCAGUCGCGGCACGGCAGAGAAACAGCGCAAGAAGCUUGCGGAGCUAGAAGGGCAGCUAGUACUGGCGUCGCCCAACCUGGUGCUGCGGGUCGGAGCGCGCGCGCCCGGCGCCUCCGCGCUGCAACGGCACCACAUCUUCUUCCUGAGUUCAGAGUAUGAACGCACGCAGUGGAUCGACUCUAUACAUGCGCUGCAGGCGUCAUCGGCACCACCAGGCGGCUCAGCGGCCGUGUCGAUGCUGGAGCUCCAAGCGUGGGUGACGGCGUGCCGCAGCUACCUGCAGACGGACAUGGGCUCGUACCUGCUGCGCAGCGGGCGCGACGACUCGCUGCUGCUGGGCGACCUGCAGCUGCACAUCACCGGCAUGACCGCGCCGCUCGACUCGUCCGCCGACUACUACAUAGUGGUGGAGGUAGAUUCGUACGGGCACUACUUCCGCAAGGCGAAGUCGAAGCUGGUCUGCCGGACGGCGCAGCCGCGCUGGAACGAGACCUUCACGCUGGAGCUGGAGGGCUCGCAGAACCUGCGCCUGCUGCUCUACGAGGACGCGGCGCGGCCCGUGCUGCGCGGGAAGUGCACUGUCAAGCUGUCUCGGUCCUGGGCGGCGGAGGCGGCGGGCGGCGGCGCGGCGCGCACGGUGGCGCUGGGCGGCGGCGCGCUGCCCGUGCGGCUGCGGCUGCUGCCGCCCGAGCACGACGCGCGCCGAGUGCCCACCAACAAGCCCGGCACGCUCUUCGGCGCCAAGAUCACCAGCGUCGCCAAGCGUGAGAAGCGCAACAUCCCGUUCAUCAUCAGCGCGUGCGUGCGCGAGGUGGAGCGGCGCGGCAUCCUGGAGGUGGGCGUGUACCGCGUCUCCGGCAGCGCCUCCGACCUGGCGCGCCUGCGCAAGAGCUUCGAGACCAACGCUUACGAGGCAGAACAACUGCUGAAAGAAGUUGACAUCCACUCUGUGACCGGCGUGUUGAAGCUGUACCUACGAGAGCUUCCCGAAGCGCUGUUUACUGAUGCGCUGUACCCAGAUUUUUUGAAAGCUUGGAGCGCAACACAGGGCGUAGGCACUUCAGUUGACUCCGGCCCGGCGCAUACGCGGCGGCACGCGCUUAUGAAAUGUUUCGCGCAGCUGCCCGACCUCAACAAGAACUGCAUCGAUUUCCUGCUCAAUCAUUUUGUCAAAGUGAACCAGCACGAGGCGGACAACAAGAUGUCGCUGCACAACCUGGCGACGGUGUUCGGGCCGACGCUGCUGCGGCCGGGCGGCGCGGCGUCGGGCGUCAAGCUGCGCGCCGACCAGCUGGCGGCCGGCACCGUGGACGCCAUGGCGCAGGCCGGCAUCCUGUACUGCCUGCUGCAGCAGCGCCAGCUCGCCGCGCAGCUCUCCUCGCACGCCCACCACCGCGCCAACUGA